AUGCGCACCACGAUUCUUGACGAGUUCCGUGUCGACAAGGCGCGCAAGUACGAACUCAAGGACUUCUGUGAUUACAUCGUCGAAUUCAGCUGCGACCAGCACGGGUCGCGGUUUAUCCAGCUGAAGCUCGAAACAGCGGCGCCAGAGGACACGCAGAUGGUAUUCAGCGAGAUACUGCCGAGCGCGCGGCAGCUCAUGACGGACGUGUUUGGAAACUAUGUGAUCCAAAAGCUGUUUGAGCAUGGCAGCCAGCCGCAAAGACACAUGCUGGCGAACCAGAUGGAAGGCCAUAUUCUGACGCUGUCUCUGCAGAUGUACGGGUGCCGCGUGGUGCAAAAGGCCCUCGAGCACGUUUUGGUGGAGCAACAGCUCAGCAUCGUGCGCGAGCUGCACGGCCACGUGCUCCAGUGCGUCAAGGACCAAAACGGCAACCAUGUCAUCCAAAAGGCCAUUGAGCGCAUCUCGGCCGACAAAAUCCGGUUCAUCAUUGACUCGUUCCAUGGACAAGUGUACACACUGGCGACGCACCCAUAUGGCUGCCGCGUGAUCCAGCGGAUGUUCGAGCACUGCAGCGAGAGCCAGACGCGCCCUCUGCUCGAGGAGCUGCACCGCUUCACGACGAACCUAGUGCAGGACCAGUACGGCAACUAUGUUAUCCAGCACGUCAUGGAGCGCGGCAAGGCGGUUGACCGCAUUCUCGUGUGCUCGCGCGUGCGCGGCCACGUCCUGCACCUGAGCAAGCACAAGUUUGCCUCCAAUGUCGUCGAAAAGUGCAUCGCUUAUGGCGAGCCCAAGGAUCGCAAGGCGCUGAUCGAGGAGGUCAUGUCAGUGCGGCGCGACGGGACGAGCAACCUGGUCAAUAUGAUGAAGGACCAGUAUGCGAACUACGUUGUGCAAAAGAUGCUUGAUGUCGUUGAUGGCCAGCAGCGUGACCAAAUCUUGGACAAGAUCCAGGACCAUAUGGCGAUGCUGCGCAAGUUCACGUAUGGAAAGCACCUUAUUACCAAGGUGGAGAAGUACCUGGCUUCGAAGGAGGGCAAUGCUGGUGGGAACAGCCCUGUGUCGGCGUCGUCUUUGGCAUCAUCACCGGUACCGCUGUCUACGGACGCGGAGCAGCCAGUGUCUGCUGCCAGCGCGACUAACUCUGUUACGCCGAGAUCACGGGCGUGA